AUGCCAAUAUCGUGCAAAUUGAGACCUAUAUCCGGCUACAUCAUCUCCUCGCCGUCGAUCUUCGGGUGGCUACCGGUCCACUCGUUGACGCGGGGAUCCAGCACGCGGACUACAGAAUCUGCGGUUAGUUCGCGCUGCGUUCGACCGGGCCCAGGGCGGCACGGUUGGCAAGGGCAAUCCGUCUGGAGCAUCGUGCACAUCGACGAAAUUGGGGGUCUCCUCCACUAUCCCCGCCGACCACAUGUUCACCAGCAUGUUGCAGUGGUGGACCUGUACGUCAUCCUGCUCGACGAGAUCCUCGAGAACCCGGAUGUGUCGGCGCAUGGGCGCGCGGUGUACUACGUCGUGGAGAACAGCGAGGUGUCCUCGGGUGGGCGACAUCGCGCUCGCGGAAUCUCCAAGGCGCUCGUCGUUGGCACCAGCAAAGACGCGCCCCCGUUCACUGCCAACGAGUUCGUGAAGUAUUGGGGCAUCGAGGUGCAUAUUCCUUACCUACUGGCCCCCGUCGAUUUGAGGUUAACGUGA